UGGAGGGAGGCCCGGGCUCCGCAGCAUCCUGAGCGCGCGGGUGAGGGAGCUGACAUGACCGCACCGCGCGCUGUCCUCGUCCUGGCUCUGGGACUCGCGCCGGUUCACUCCGGCCAGGGUACUGUUGAGGAGUUAGUCGACUCAGGAUACAGCCCCUCAGAAGAAACAUCAACGUAUGAAGAGCUUACAACAAGUACGUUGUCAAUAGUGACCACAGAAGCAUUAACUACAGAAACAAAUUCUACCUCCACUGCUGAGGAUUCCAGUCAGUUGGAGUUUAUAUUGAUGGUGGUGAUCCCACUGGCUGUACUGGUCCUCCUGCUUCUAACAGUGGUUCUUAUCGCAACAUACGUUAAAAGAAAGAGAACUAAACAAGAGCCUUCUAGCCAAGGAUCUCAAAGUGCUUUACAGACAUAUGAACUGGGAGGUGAAAAUCUGAAAGUCCCUAUUUUUGAAGAGGACACACCUUCUGUUAUGGAAAUAGAGAUGGAAGAGCUUGACAAAUGGAUGAGCAGCAUGAAUAGAAAUGCUGACUAUGAGUGUUUACCUACGCUGAAGGAAGAAAAGGAGCCAAAUCCAAGCCCAAGUGACAAUGGAUCCUAAAACUGAGCAGUGCUGAUGUUUUCCAAGAGAGCAUCCCCUGAGGGCACCUGCUGGGCCUGGCAAGCAAGAAUGAAGAAGAGACAAGUUUAAUUAAUUUCAAAUCAGUGUAGACACAAGAACCUUUGCUGUUUCUUCCACUGCCUACUCUUCAAAUGAUGGCAUCACUUGGAAGAAUUAGGGACUGAGCAGCACUCAGAGAGGCCUGGCUGCCAGCCAGCCCACUCUGAGGGUGGAGAAGGAGCCAUGGGAGGCGUCGGCUUCUCAUCAGUGUGUGGCCCCUGCUCACAGCCUCCGUUGUCCUUGGCCACCUUAACUCCCUGUUGCUUUUCUGCUUCAUCCUUCACAGUGUUAAAUCAAGAAGUUGUUUUUAUCUGUGGUCUUCUUUUGGGUCACCUUACUACCUAACCAGUUUUGGAUAAUUUCCUGUCAUUAUUCAAGUCCUCUGAUGGUCAAGUCCACUUGGAGGGACUUUCCUCAGUGACACUUAUAGAAAAGACACCAAACAAAACAGGUGUUUCAGUGUCUACACCAUCCCUGGGAGGUUGUCAAGCUUUUUUCUGACCUGCCAAAAAGCUUCAGCAAGAGAUUCCACUGUCCUUGUGAGAUAGCAAUCGGGUAUUUGGGAGUGUUUGACUUAGUCACCCCUGGAAACUUCUUGGAAGAACUAGGAAUCUUCAAAGAAAGAACCAACCUUUUCCUUCUCAGCUUAAAUCACUUCAACAAGUAGCAUCUUCUUGAAGCUCUUAUUCUGAUCUUGUCUCAACAUAUAUCUCUGGACUAUGCUACAUAGGCUUGGAAUGUAUGCAGGUAGGGGUCAUCUGUUACUCUUCUGUGUCACAGCAAUCUUUAAGGUUGUUUGAAUCAACUGAAUAGGGACAGGAAAUAUCUGUACCCAUGGCACUUUGCAUUCUUUCCUGCCAGGCUGGGAAGAGCCUGGUGUCCUCAACACAGCAUUCAGGAGGUUGCUCUCAGAACAUCAGAGAUGAUAUGCUACAUGAUAUUGGUUGACAUCCACAUGCUAAAAGCAAUGAAGCAAAAUGUAGAAGAGCACGCUAACCUCUCCUCUCACAUAAAUCAGCCUCCAUUUAAUCCUUCAUUUUCUAAUUCUGACCUUUAAAAAGCAAUCUAGAAAAUUGAGUCCUCAGCUCUCCUGGGAUGCUUGAUAUUUUAUUCCAGGAAAGAAACAAAGAAUGACAAUUUUAUUUUGCUAACCACAUAUAAACUGAGGGGAGAUAAGGUUAACCAAACUUUUGCUGCUGAAUUUUGGGUCUGUGUUUGAUAGGCUGCCGUCAUGCAAGCCUAAAUUCCAUUUCUGCCUGUUCAGGGCUCCUUACCAAGUCCUUGCCUUCUGAGAUAUGCAGAUAAUUUUAUAGGCAGAGUUCCAGGCCAGGGUGGUCUCUCUAUUCAGUAAAGGCUACAAUUGUCUUGUUGCAUUGAAUCCCUGCUCUUCUGUUGUCCUGGGACUGUGCAGAGCUUCAACAAGACAGUGUUCCUGGUAUAUAUCCUCAGCAGAUGUGUCUGUCGUGUUCUCAUUAGCACAUCCUAACAGGACUCUUUGAGUUAGUGCUAUUGUGAAUAGUCACAAUCAAUGUAUAAUUUGCACUGAUUCUCAGAUAUUUAUGCCACAAUUGCUGCUUUCUGAAUGAUCAUUGCUUGUCUGUUCUGCUCAGGUCUGUUACUUUAAAUUUGUUUCUCUUUCUCAGAAGUCUCAGUUCUUUCUUUCUGUAGAUGUCUAAGACCCUUGCUGAGCACCCAGGCCAUUAACCUUGAUCCCACCUUAUCCAAUAGUGAACUUUAGAAGUUCUCAGAAGUUUAAGGGGUCUUGGACUCUCACUUCGAUAAAGCAGUAUUUCAUGAUGUGAUAAUAUUCUCAUUCAAUAUGCUAAAUACUCAGAUUCCUGAAGAAAUGUACCAGCAUUUCAUUGAGCUUAUGUCUGAGAACUUUACAGACGUCUAUAAUUGCACAGUGUACAGUCACUUUUUACAAAGCUAGUUUGUUCUGGCAAGACAUGUGAAGUUAAUAUGGGUCAAACAAUCAAAUACUAAUCCUGGGAUCCUGAAUCUUUUUAUUACUAUGCAACCAAUGUGUAGAAUAUGUGCAUGACAAUUCCAAGAAUUGUUCUUAAACCAAAAAAGGAGGCUUUACAUUAUAUUAGUAAAAAACAACAACCAAAAAUCCUCAUUAAUUUAUCCUAAUCGAAUAGCUCAUGAGAAGAAAAUCUGACUUAAAAUCAUUUGAAGAAAGAUUGGGGAUUUAGUUAGUGGCCAGAGUAUUUGUCUAGCAUGCACAAAGCCCUGGGCUCAAUCCCCAGUACAAUACAAACCAGACAUGGUAGCAAGAGAAUCCAAAGUUCAAGGUUAUCCUCAGCUACAUAGUGAGUUUGAGUUCAGCCUAGACUACAUAAGACUGUGACUUUAAAAAAGUUAAAGAUGGUUCAGGGGUUAGAAGCACUGAUUCCUCUUGCAAAGGGCCCGGGCUCAAUUCCUAGAACCCACAUGGUGGCUAACAACCAUCUAUAACUCCAGUUCCAGGGGAUCCGAUGUCCUCUUCUGACCUCUGCUGGUGUUACACAACAUGGGUGCACUUCUACACAUGGAGGCAAU